CUUCUCACCUCAACGGAGAGAUUCAGCAAUUUCAAGUCCCAAAAAAGGCUCACACGUUCCUAUACUUCAGCGGCUCUUGCCCUAUUUACCCAACUGGAACCAACCACAGCCGUGCCAGAACACUUCGGUGCCAAAACUACCAUACCACACGACCACCACCUACUUCCGUCCAAACCUAAACCAUCACUCCAACCCCUUCCUCGCCCAAUCUCAAAAAAAAAAAGCAAAGAAAGGAAGAAAGAAAAGGAAGAAAAAAAAAUGAGCUAUUUCCGAAUCACCCUGGUUCGAUCCGCAAUCGGUCUCCCCCGCCGAACAACAGACGUGCUCAAGGCCCUCGGUCUCAAAAAGCGCAUGGCAACCGUCUUCCAUCCCGUUUCGCCAUCCGUGGCAGGUCAAAUCAUGAAAGUCAAGGAAUUGGUCGAUGUGCGUGAAGUCGAACGCCGAUUAACGAAACAACAAGUGCAUUUGGAGCGGAAGCCGGAUCCGGGAUAUUAUGUUGAGAAGACUUCGGGCGUGGAGAGGAGUGAGAUGAGAGGAGAGUAGAGUAGACUGGGCUCUUCUUCUUCUUUGAAAAUUUCUCAUGUUUUUUGUCUUCCGAUUCCUCUUCUUUUGUUCUUCUCUUCUUUGCAUGUAUGAUUCGAUUCUUUUUUGAUUGGGUUCGGGUUUCAUUCGAUCCCGCCAAAUCUUUUUUUUUUUUUUUUUUUUUU